GUCUCUCAGCAGUGGACAGCUGCUUGCUGGUAUUCUUUAUGAUGGAGGCUGUCUUUAAGAUCCAGGUGCGGGGACGGACAUACUUCAGGAACCCCUGGAAUGAUUUGGACUUCUUCAUUGUGCUCAUGUGUCUGGUGGACUUCACGCUGUCACUGGUGCAGUCUGCAGGAGGCUUUAGCAGUAGACAGGCCUCCACUCUCGCCCCGGGUGCUCAAGACUUUGAAAGGAGCCCGAGUGUUCAGAGCUUUACGUCUACUCAAAGCCAUCCGCUUCUUCAAGGGUCUCCAGGCCAUCCUUUUAACCUGCCUUCAGUCGUCCGGUCCAUGAGCUCCAUCAUCGUCCUCAUGUUCCUGUUCCUGUUUAUUUUUGCCGUGAUAUUCCGGGAGAUGUUUAAUGAGUCAGACCCGGAACACUUCGGAAACAUAUUCAGGACCAUCUUCACCCUCUUUCAAACCCUUACGCUGGAUGACUGGUCCCUGAUCUAUAUGACCAGCAGAGAUAACGGAGCACCUCACAUCAUUUACUUCCUGUCUCUGUACAUCUUGGUGGAGCUCUUCACAUUUUUGAAUCUCUUCAUCGCAGUGCUAGUGGACAACUUCCAGCUGACCAUCCGCAGAAAGAGGCACUGCAAGAGUCAAAAGUCCCCAGAUGUGAAAGAAGGUGAAACUCAGUCCGGUGAGAAGGCAGUAAAAGACCUGGAGAUGAGCCAGACUGAGAUACAGGAGGAAGGCUGUCAGACAUUCUAGUGACAGCAAACACAGCAAAAGAAAGAUCGAAUUGAUCAACAGGCAUCUGCAGCUACUGGCCGCCAUGGACCAUCACAUGCAGCGGUACAGAUCGCAGGCCUGUUUGCUGGACAAGCUUGUGGAAACCUUCUUUACGGACCAGGAUGAGGAGACCCGAAGUGUCGGCAUUGAGUAACAUCAGAUGUGCAGACCUCCAGCUUCCACCAGCCCAUUCCAGCUCAGAGCAACAUCCACAACAUCCACACUUUAAUAAAGUCUGAAAGCAGAAGACAGCAAUGUGAUUCAUGCUCAGCAGUGAGUGGCGGCAUGUUGGUCUUUAUACUAAACUCGACUUCAGUGAACACGUCCACGCAUGCAGACACGAGGAAUCAGGGCUGGAAUUUCAAGUCAAGUCAAGAGGCUUUUACUGUCAUUCCAUCUAUGUACAAGUACACGGUGGAAUGAGAUUACGUUCCUCCAAGGAACAUCACAGUGCAACAUGGAACAGAAUAAGCAGCACAAAAUGGAACAUGGAGACGUUGGUGUGCAAAUUUGACUAGAAACAACAAAAUGAAUACGAUAAAUGAAACAGACGUUAGACAGAGUAAACAGACCAGACAGGGCAGCGCCGACACAGCACUUGGUUCUGAGCGUGAGUUAGGGACGUGGAAUAAGGUGCAGACAUAUUUAACACGCUGUGAUCUGUGAGUCACGCAGUGAGUGAUGCCAGACAUAAACACAGCAGUUACUGAGGUAGAAAAACCUGAGUAAACAGUGUGAA